AUACACUCAUUCUUGCUCGCUACUUUCCUUUAUUUCUAUGCAACUGGACUCCGUCUGCGCUUCAUCACACCACUAGGUAACAUUAGAUUAGCCUUUUGUUUUUCAAGUAUUUAUGCUUUAAGCUAGAUUUGUUUAUUUUCCUGGUUUCUUUUAGCCUCAAUCUACAGCAAAACCUCUGCUGAGCCUGUCAAGCAUUUUAGAACCCUAGCCGCUUUUAUCAGCAUUCUUCUUUGUAUCUGAUCAUUAUGGCAACCCCUUCUAAUACCCUCAAUCUAUAGCAAAACCUCUGCUGAGCCUGUCAAGCAUUUUAAAACCCUAGCCGCUUUUAUCAGCAUUCUUCUUUGUAUCUGAUCAUUAUGACAACCCCUUCUAUUACCACUGGACAACCCAAAUAUGGCCUACGAAAUGCUUCUGAUGGCCUGAGAAAUGCCGUACCUGCCCCUGCUGCAUCCGGCCAACAAGUGUAUCCCGUAAUAAGUGCUUUUGAUGGCCUGAGAAAUGCCCUACCUGCUUCUAUUGCAUCUGGACAACAAGUUUAUCCCAGAAGAAGUGCUUUUGAUGGCCUAAUAAUUUCCGCACCUGAUCUUGCUGAAUCUUCCUCCGGAAUGAAACACAUACCCUGCGAUGUCUUUAUCAGUCAUUGUGGAAAUGAUGUUAAAUACAGGUUGGUCAACACUAUCUACAAGAAGUUAGAAGCAAUGGAUAGUGCUUCGCUUCACAUCGCCAUUUUUUCUGAGAAUUAUGCACACUCUCCUUGGUGGUUGGCUGAGCUAACAUUUAUGCUGCAAACUGGCGUCAAAUUUAUCACCAUUUUCUAUCAUUUUGAGCCUUCUACAUUAAGAUGGGUGAUUGAAGGAAAAGACAUUUAUGCAGAUGCCUUCUUCAAGCAUGAAAAGAAGAGCAGAUACAGCUCAGAAAAGCUUAAAAGCUGGAAGUUGGCACUCCAUAAAGCUUCCUUAUACACUGGCGAGACAAUUAAUAACCAAGCUGACGAGGAGAAGGUGGUGACGAAUGUGGUGAAUCUUGUAUUGAAAGAAUUGAAGAAGAUUCGAUUAGAUGUUGCUCAGCAUCCAGUGGGUUUGGAUGAAGCUGAACAAGACUUUCAUGAGAAGAUUGCACUUCAAUCAGCUAGGCCAAUACAAAUUGUGGGGAUCUGGGGAAUGGGCGGUACAGGGAAAAUCACUCUUGCAAAGCAUCUCUAUAACAAGAAAUGCUUGACCACUGGUCAGUCAAGUUUUGUAUCAGAUGUUCGUGAAGCUGCAAGGAAAGAGCUUAUACAUGAGAAACAAAAAGAGCUUUUGAAGGACCUUGACCUUAAAAGCAAAGAUUUUAAAAAUGUAGACGAAGGCAAAGAGAUUCUGAAAAGCCGUUUGAGAUCUAUCUUUGUGCUUAUUGUUUUACAUGACGUGGAUCAUAAAGACCAAUUAGAUGCUCUACUACCAGCAAGGGAGAGCCUUGGCCAUGGAAGUCUUAUUAUUGUGACCACAUGUGAGUUGCAUGUUCUUAAAGCUUGGGGCAUCUCAGCCAUAUAUAAAAUCAGAAUGCUCAAUCCCUCUCAUGCCGAGCAGCUUUUUUGUUGGCAUGCAUUCGGACAACCCUCUCCAUUGUUGGAAUUCAAGAAACUUGCUGAAAGGUUCACAGAUGCUUGUGAUGGUCUGCCUUUGUCACUCAAGGUCUUAGGAAGUCUGCUCUGCGGGGAGUCUAGCCAGAAUUAUUGGCAAUCCCAAUUAGACAAAUUGUCUAGAAUAGUGCCAGACGACAUCAAAUCGAGGCUCAAAAUAAGCUAUGAUGCUCUAGAUAAAGAAGAGAAAGAGAUGUUUUUGGAUAUAGCAGGUUGCUUCAUUGGAGGGAGAAGCAGUAGGGCCAUUGCAGUAUGGGAUGGAUCAGAGUGGAAUGGUCUGCAAGGUUGGCACAGGCUUCUGAGUAAAUGUCUGAGAUGACUGCAUGAUCAUUUGAGAUAUUAUAUUGGAAAACUGCAACAAAUUAGAGAACAUGGAAGGCUUAAAAAGUUUGAGAUCACUGGAGAUGCUGAGGAUAUGUAAUUGUCCAGUAUUAGACGAGCUUCCAUGUCUUGCAGAAUUAACUUCUCUAAAGAAGUUUGAAUUGAAUAAGUGCCACAAAUUGGAGAAGAUAGAAGGUUUAGAAAGCUUGAGAUCAUUGGAGACACUCCAGAUAAAUGACCGUACAGAAUUGAACACCCUUCCAAGUCUUGCAGAGUUGACUUUUCUGAAUGAAAUUGGGUUGAAAAACUGCAACAAAUUGAAGAACAUAGAAGGUUUAAAAAGUCUGAGAUUACUAGAGAUGCUUGAGUUAUAUAACUGUAUUAGAGGAACUUCCAGAUCAUGCAGAAUUGACUUCUCUAAAGAAGUUUGAAUUGCACAAGUGUCACAAAUUGGAGAAGAUAGGGGGUUUAGAAAGCCCGACAUCAUUGGAGACACUCCAGAUAGAUGACUGUACAGAAUUGAACACCCUUCCAAGUCUUGCAGAUUUAACUUUUGUGAAAGAAAUUGAAUUGAAAAACUGCAACAAAUUGGAGAACAUAGAAGGUAUAAAAUGUCUAAGAUCACUGGAGACACUCAAGAUAUAUCAUUGCCCAAAAUUGCAUGUGCUUCCAAGUCUUGGAGAAUUAACUUCUCUAAAGAAGUUUGAGUUGAAUAAGUGCCACAGGUUGGACAAGAUAGGAGGUUUAGAAAGCCUGAGAUCAUUGAAGACACUCCAGAUAGAUGAUUGUAUAGAAUUGAAUAAAAUAGAAAGUAUAAAAAUUCUGAGAUCACUGGAGAUGCUAGACAAUAUUUAACUGUCCAGUAUUAGACGAGCAUCCAAGUCUUGCAGAAUUAACUUCUAUCAAGAGGUUUGAAUUGAAUAAGUGCCACAAAUUGGAGAAGAUAGGAGGUUUAGAAAGCCUGAGAUCAUUGGAGGCACUCCAGAUAGCUGAC